AUGAUGCGGCUGCGAGGCUCGGCGAUGCUGCGGGACCUGCUCCUUCGCCCGCCCGCCGACGCCUGCGCGGUUCUGAGGCGGGCGCAGCCCCUCGCCACCCUGUGCCGGCGCCCCCGGGGCGGGGGACGAGCUGGCCAGGCGGCCGCCGCGCGGCUCUACCCGUGGUGGGGCGGGGGCGCCCGGCCGGCGGGACCCCUCGUGAGGGGCCUGUCCAGCUCCCCCUCGGAGAUCCUGCAGGAGCUGGGCAAGGGGGGCACGCAGCAGCCGAAGCAGCAGCAGCAGCAGCCGCAGCAGCAGCCGCCGCCGCCUCCGCAGCAGCCGCAGCCCGGGGCGUCGCCGCCCGCGGCCCCGCCGGCGUCCGGCCCCAAGGACAGCUCGGGGGAGACAGACGGGUUCGGCAACAGCGAGGGCAAGGAGCUGGUGGCUUCAGGCGAAAAUAAAAUAAAGCAGGGUCUGUUACCUAGCUUGGAAGAUUUGCUAUUCUAUACAAUCGCAGAAGGACAAGAGAAAAUACCUGUUCAUAAAUUUAUUACAGCACUCAAAUCUACAGGAUUGCGAACGUCUGAUCCCAGGUUGAAAGAGUGUAUGGAUAUGUUAAGAUUAACUCUUCAAACAACAUCAGAUGGUGUCAUGCUAGACAAAGAUCUUUUUAAAAAAUGUGUUCAAAGCAACAUUGUUUUGUUGACACAAGCCUUUAGAAGAAAGUUUGUCAUUCCUGACUUUAUGUCUUUUACUUCACACAUUGAUGAGUUAUAUGAGAGUGCUAAAAAGCAAUCUGGAGGAAAGGUUGCAGAUUAUAUUCCUCAGUUAGCCAAGUUCAGUCCUGAUUUGUGGGGUGUGUCCGUUUGUACAGUAGAUGGACAGAGGCAUUCUAUUGGGGAUACCAAAGUUCCAUUUUGCCUUCAAUCCUGUGUAAAACCUUUGAAAUAUGCCAUUGCUGUUAAUGAUCUUGGAACAGAAUAUGUGCAUCGAUAUGUUGGGAAAGAGCCAAGUGGAUUAAGGUUCAACAAACUGUUCUUAAACGAAGAUGAUAAACCACACAAUCCUAUGGUAAAUGCUGGAGCAAUUGUUGUGACUUCAUUAAUAAAGCAAGGAGUGAAUAAUGCUGAAAAAUUUGACUAUGUAAUGCAAUUUUUGAAUAAGAUGGCCGGUAAUGAGUAUGUUGGAUUCAGUAAUGCAACGUUUCAGUCUGAAAGAGAAAGUGGAGAUCGAAAUUUUGCAAUAGGAUAUUACUUAAAAGAAAAAAAGUGUUUUCCUGAAGGUACAGACAUGGUUGGUAUAUUAGACUUCUAUUUCCAGCUAUGCUCCAUUGAAGUAACAUGUGAAUCAGCUAGUGUGAUGGCGGCAACACUGGCUAAUGGUGGCUUCUGCCCAAUUACUGGGGAAAGAGUACUGAGUCCUGAAGCAGUUCGAAAUACACUCAGUUUGAUGCAUUCCUGUGGCAUGUAUGAUUUCUCGGGGCAGUUUGCUUUCCAUGUUGGUCUUCCUGCAAAAUCUGGAGUUGCUGGGGGCAUUCUUUUAGUUGUCCCCAAUGUCAUGGGCAUGAUGUGCUGGUCUCCUCCCCUGGACAAGAUGGGCAACAGUGUUAAGGGAAUUCACUUCUGUCACGAUCUUGUUUCUCUGUGUAAUUUCCAUAACUAUGAUAAUUUGAGACACUUUGCAAAAAAACUUGAUCCUCGAAGAGAAGGUGGUGAUCAAAGGCAUUCCUUUGGACCAUUGGACUAUGAAAGUCUCCAACAAGAACUUGCUUUAAAAGAGACAGUAUGGAAAAAAGUGUCACCUGAGUCAAAUGAGGACAUCUCUACAACUGUAGUAUAUAGAAUGGAAAGUCUGGGAGAGAAAAGCUAAAGAAAUGGGUUCUAGUUUCAGAAUGUUCUUCAUUUAACCUUUCAAGCAUCUUUAGUUUUCUGGCAUACUAUAUUUAUUUGAAUUUUUUGUGUUCUCAACCUUGGGUGCUGGAGCCAUAAAGCUUUUUUUCUUUUAAUUUUUGUGUAAAGUUAAUAGAUUAAAAAGUGGAUUUGUCAGUCUUUUAAAAAGUAUUUAUAAGUAAAUAAAGCAAAUUUGCUUUAUUUUAAAAAAAUGAAAGGAGAAAUUUCUAAAAAUUUUUCUUGGUGUAAUUAAAAUUUUAACUAUAUAUGCAGUAAGAUAAUCCCAUUUUAACAUAGUAACAAAUUUGUAAUUUCUUGGUUCUGAAACCCACACACUGAACUCAUAAAUUUCAUCCAUUUUGUUUUUUCCAGUUUUAAAACUGACAUGAUGUCUCUAGUAGCAAUAGAGCUAAAUACAAAAAUAAAAAGACUUAAUAAUAAAUUCCAAAUUAUUUAAUAUAGCAGUAGAUUAUAAAAUUAGCUUAAGAUAUUAUGCUGUUUUUAGUAAUAGAUUGGCUUUAACUUUUUUUUUUCGGCUUUAAAGUUUUAAAAAUUUAUUUAAAAUUUUAUCAAACACUUUAAAAUGUCUUUGCGUUUUCACUUUGCAACUCCUUUGUUCUGUCAGAAUUGUCAUGUACAGGAGUGUCUUAUGUUAUUAAAGCAUUCCAGCCAAAGAAUUUCAGAUGUAAUAUGACAUGUUUCAUUGUUAAAAAGCUAUAAUGGUUACUCAGAAGGAGCAACAGGGAGUGUCUUCAAGUGAAAUGUUUACCUGAACAAUUUUAUUUUCGUGAUAUCCACGUAACUUUUUCCAUGUUAUAUUUAAAUAUGAAUAGUGAAUCUUGGUUUUUAGCUUUUAAUAAUUUCACAAAUGCUAAUGAAUCUUCUAUGAUAAAUUAUAAUAACAUCUCAUAAAGCUUGUUUUAUUUGAAUUCUUGUAGAGUAUUUAGGAAAUGAAUUCAGUCUGAAGGUAGUUAGUAUGCUACUAAAAUGCCUGUUAGAUCUGAAUCCUUUUGUUUGGUUAUAUAAAUGCAAUAUCGAGAAUCAAAACUUGUUUUUAAGAAAAGGACUAUAGGUUCUACACAACCUAAUUUCAAAUAAUUCACAAUGUUUAAAGUCAGUCUUGGCAAAGUGAUUGUAAAAUUGUGUAGGACCUAUUCACACUUCUUCCUUCCUCUGUAUACUUCUCUGGUUCUCCCCACAGUUCUCCCACAGCUUCAAGAUUUUGGAGGGCAGGGGUGAGGUCAGAAGGAGAACUUGGUAGUUUCUUAGUAUCAUGGCAUACACGUGGUAGGGUAAAGUCUAUAAAAGUAAUUGUAGUGUACCAAAAAGUUUUUUCCUGGAUGAUUUAGAUGCUAGUGCAAAUACAGAUAUAGAAAGUCUUGAUUAUAUGAGUUUGGGAACUAUGAUAUUAGGAAAAGAAGUUCCUUUCCAAACUUGGUCAAAAGUCUUUUGGCCUAACUGAAGUAUUAAACAUAUAUUUAAAUAAUUAUACGUUAGGUUUUAGAGGAUAUUACCAAGGAUUUUAUGGCUAAUUCAAUGUUCCUCUGAUGUACAGAUGCAUAUCCUAACUGGAUGCUUCUGGUUUGGCCAUUUAUGUGAGAAUGGUGUGGCUGAAGGCCUUACCUCUGCUACACCUUUGAACAGUGUCAUUCGAAUUAGUUUCACAGAGCUAUUGUGCUUUGGGGAACUGAAUGUCUAAAUUUAUAGUUUGCGAAACAGGCUUUAUUUUUUUCCCCCCUGUGCUCUAAUUGUUAUAUUUUACUGUUUCAUUUGGAGGUAGGUUUUACUUUAUAAAAUGGAAACUUAAUGUUUCAUAUUGUGUCCAUAUUUGUAUAGAUUUCAAAAUUAUGUUAAUUUGUGCCACUUACUAUGUUUGUAAGGCUUAAAUACACACUUACCAAUGGAGUAGGGUUACCUAAGCUACUUUGUUUAUAGAAUCUUGUUAAGGAUGAGCAUCCAGAAAUUUUUGUAGGAAGGUAUAAAUGGAAGAAGAGGGAAGAUAUUGUGAAUAGGCCCCCAAACUUUAUUUUAAAAAAAAAAAAAAAAAGGAAAACAUUUGCCGGAUUGAAAGACAUUAUUUUGAUUCUUUCAGUAUUUUAAAUACCUUCUCAAAUAAAAUUCUUGUAAAGUACCCAGUAUUUUUGGAUUUAAUGUUUUUUGCCAUUACUGAUUCUUGAUAUUCAAGCAUUUUGAAGUUAGCAUAUUUGUUUUUCUUUUUUUUCCAUCAACAUUUCAUUUGAAAUGCAUAUCCUUUCUGAAAUACUUUAUUUUUAGCAUAAAUGUUGUGCAUUUUAUCUUAGUGUUUGGAUUAAACCAUUUGUGUUAUUUAGCUUUCUUUUAUUUGCUUUGUAUAUUAAUGUACCUUUUAUUUUCCAGUAUACCUACUUUUUGUAUUGUACAAUAAAUUUAUUUUAAGCUGAUUUUAUUGUUUUUUUUAUGAAAGCAACUUCAGCAUUUUAAGUACAGUAGUUGGAAUUUUAACUUAAAAAGUCAUCCUUUAUGAAGAUAUUAAAAUGCUUUAUAUUUUUAGCUAAUUCUGAGGCUGCUGUGAAGAGAAAGUGUAGAAAUACUCAAGGGCUUCAUUUGAUUUUUUUUUUUUAAGGCAGUAUAGCGUUGGUGGGUUUUUUUUUUUUGCAGGGAGGACGUUUUUCUAUUGGUUGUACUAGAAGUAUUUGAAUAAAGACUUUUCUCCCAAAUUUUUUUUUUUUUUUCCAUUUGACAACUUAAAAAAAAAAAAACCACUACCCCAUUUGCAGGUUCUUUCUGCUUUCUGAGGAAGAAUAUCAAUGAUUCACUAUGUAAUUGUUGUUUUACCUAUUGUCCAGAGUAGGGAUAACAUGUUGCUAAAAUCAAAUGAAGAGUAUUAUUGCUUUAGAAUAGAACUGUCAGUCUCAGUAGAAUGUAUAUUGAGUAGAAUAACUGUAAUAUUAAAAUUCACCCUAACUACUUUUUAAGGAAUUUAACUUUCAGAAGGAACUUAGUAUAUUUACACAGCAUGAUCCAAAUUAUAAUGAGGUUACAUGCAUUGUAGAUCAAAUACAAUACUUUAAAUUUUUGUUUGAUGAAAUCUUCCAUUCAUAUCCAGAGAAGACAUCCCAAAUAUAGAAGUUUUAAAAACUCUUUGAAGGGGAAAUACUGUUGUUUACAGGAAUUUGUAUUUAUCUGUGGGCUUUUUUCAUAAAGUUCUUUUGGGAUUAGUAAAUAGGCAGUUCCAUUGUCAUGGUAUAUUCAAUAUGUAAGUUUGUGAUCACUUGCUAUUAAAGAUACAUUUGGCGUUGUUUUUGUUGUUGAUGUUUUUAAUCCAUUUGAAACAGAGAGGUAACUCAGAGCUUGAUCUGACAGUGUAGUUUCAUAGGCAUGUACGUAUGUGGAAAGAACCACUGAUAUAGACUGAUAUUGUCAGUCGGUAUCUUGAUAAUUUAUAUACAAUGUAUGUGUUUAUGUGUAUAUCUAAUAGAUGUCUAUCUUUAUAUUUAUCUAUGUCCAUUAUCCAUAGCCUAAAAAUCAGCAGCAAUUAUUUUUACAUAGUAUGUCACGUGUAAAUGGUUCAUCGAUCUAUUCCAGGUUUUGUCGUAAGAGAACUUCGAACAUUUUUGCUGCCCCGGAAUUUAUAAAAUAUAACAUAUUUUACUUGUUCAAUUUACCUUUAAAGAUUUGUGGUUUCUGUUUUGCUCCCAUUCACUACUAGCACUGUCAGAGUAGAAUAAUGAUAUUGGAGAACUCCACAAAAGGGAAAGCAAGAACAUCAGAUUUCAUGUGGAAGCUGACUUUAAAGUAGUGUCCAGAAUUAUUAUAUUGAAGGAUUGUAUUCAACUUAAAAUAAUGUACUUCUUAGUUUGAACAGUUUACUUUAUGGAAUAGUUUUAUUCUAAAAAUUGUGCACAAUUUUUGGUUUUAAGAGUCUCCGCUAUUCAUUUGUAAAAAUUUGUUUUUCUCCAUGAUGGUCUUGAAAAUGCUAGAAUGCAUUUUUUUUUUUAAGUAACAUGCUUUCUGUUCAGUUCCUUCUUUACCAUUUUAUAUUAAAUACAAUAUUUAAUUAAAACCAGAUGUUGGAAAUGGGGCUUGUUAUGAUUCAUCAUGGCUCAUCCCUCAAAUUUUUACACACAUUUAUUCAGGUUACUUUAGUCCAUUCACUGUCAUGAAAUUCAAGGCCAAAAUUAUACAUGAACAUACAUUCAAGUAUAUCAUUCAUCCACGUUUAUUUCAGAUUGUAACACAGUUAAAACAUUUGUUUUCUACACUGUUUAGAAAUGGAAGGAAUUUAACUGGACUAGGAGAGAUUCUUUUUUUCCUCUUCUCCCUCUUUCUGACCCAGUAGUAGUUUAUUAAUGUGAAUACCAUACAAUGCACAUUGAAGAAAUUUAGAAAUUACACUGUCUUAGUCUGGACUUUUUGCUUUUAAAACUACUAUAAGGUCAUCUAGGGCAAAAAUCUAUCCAAUAUAAAAGAGAGCUGGCAAAACUUGACUUUUUUAGAGUCCUUAACUACUUAAAGGUACUUUUUUUAAAAAUUGUUAAAUAGACUGAUAAAUCUUUAUUUAAUGAACUGAUUUUAUUACUGUGGUUUUAAAACAUUCCUUUCUAAAUUUAUAUUGUGAGCAUACGAAAGGAAGGAAAUUUAUUUUAAGGUUGACUUAAUUAACCUUAUCUGUUUUGUAGAUUGUAGAUCUGUUAGUAAUUUUAAUAAGUUGUAGCUAUAGAGAUUUUUAAGAUGUGUAAAACCAGCACUGAUCAAAACUUUUAUAAUGGCUUCCUGAUCCAUUGACCUUUAAUUAAAAUGAAUAGGCUACUAAUUAGCACUUAGCACAUUGCUUUUCUGGUGGCGUCCGUGGUAUUUUUGGCAUAAAUUACAAAACACUUCUUAUUGGGAACUGUUAUGUUUUGGUUAAAUAAAGAAGUGAUGAUCCUUGAUUCCAAGUGCUUUGAUGAACUCUGUAAGCAGUCCAGUAUGGAGGCUCAUAGAAAAGAGUAAUAAAAUGACAAAUUCUGGCAGUUGAUCUCAUAACACUGUUGUUAUUAUUAUUAGACUUCUAACUCUAAAUUUCAACUAAUUCGAAAAUAUUUUAGUUAAAAUCUCAGUGGUAGAGAACAAUUUGGUAUACUUAUUUUUAGGCCAAAUUUUAUAUCUGAGGACCUGAUUUUUCUGGAUAUAGUAUUAUAAAAAAUAAUGAUUUUUAUUUUAUCAAGUAUUUACCUUGCUGAAAUGUUUUCAGUCCUAAUGUAUCAGAUGAUUAAAAUUAUCUAUUUGGAGGGCUUAGCUUUUAAAAGGACAAAUUCUUACCUGAGACAGUUUUAAAUGUCUGUUUCAUAUUAUAUUUCUGGUGAUUUUUGUUUACAUAAUGAAAAUCUCUUUGGCCUAGCAAUUCCACUUGGAACCCUUAGUUAUAAUUUUAAUUCAUAUCCUGUAAACAGUUGAAGAAUUUUUUUUAUUUUUAAAACAUAGUUUAUGCUUUCUAGAUAUUUGAUGUUCUUUCAUUUACCGUAAUCUUGUAAUUUAUUAGAAUCACAUGGUUGAGCUGGAAAGUAAUCUUAAAGGUUAUCUGGUGCAAACUCCCAUUCCUCCCAGCCCUCUUUUCCAGGUAGCACCUUGCUUUCUCAAUUAAUGUAUUUACUUUUAUUUUCUCUUUUUUGAUGGGGUUGGUUUAUGUUUUUUGGGACAGUUAUUUGUUGGUUGUUUAUUUUUAUUGAGAAGCAUAACUAGCAGUACUGGUUAAUAUGACUGUAAGUUAUUUGGCAAACUGAUUGUCCCAUCAGUGUUUAUUAAAACUACUUAAUUGUAUUUUUCUAGUAUAUAGUUAUAUGCCAUGUUUAUAAAGACUAGUAAAGUUAGAAGUGAAUGUCACAAUUAUACAGCAGUUCUAAAAAUAAAACAUUACCCCAGAACCUUUGAAAGAAAGUAAAGAGUAGCAGAAAUGUGACUCUAAAAAUAAAUGUUGCACCACUGGCUUUUUAAAUUAAAUUCCUUUAGGAUUAGGCUAAAUAUAUAAGUAGAAAGAUUUUAAGUAACCAAAAGAUUAUUGGAGUUCUAAACAAAUGUUUUCUGGAAAAAAAAAAUUUUUUUUUUUUCUUUUUAGGUUGUCUUUUUUUCCCAGCACAUUGUUUUUAUUUUAGAUGUUUGGAUCUUUGAGUGGCUUCAGAAUAAGGCUCUGUAUUUGUCUAUUACUCUGUUGUGUGUCUUGUCCUUAGCAUCCACCUUUUUCAUAGUUCUGGGAUUUUUAUUUUUUAUUCAUGAAGUAAAUGUAUAUUGCUGUUCUUGAAAUGCAUUAAUUUUUAAAAGACUUAGUUGACUUAAAUGUUAAAACUUAAAUAUUAUUACUCUUUAAAAAAAGUACCAGUUUCUUCUCAGAAUUUAAACUUGCCUAGGAAGCUUUUCUCCCCACAAGUUUGUAUAGGUGAGAACCUGAACUUUAAGUGACUGGCUCUUGUUCAAAUAAGCUCUGCUUGCUUUCACCUUAUAUCUAUUAAAAUUAGAAUGAUGCUGAAAUAUUAGCAUCAGUUAUGCAAAUAUAACUAUUCAUGUUUGGGCCAUUCCAUUGUAAGAUCCAAAUUAAAAUGAUGAUCUUCAGCCUCUUGUUAAACUUUUCCUUAGCUUAGAAUUAAUAGUUUUCAUUAUUUUGUGUAUGCCUUUCACGAAACAUCGCUAAGGAUCAUUACAAUUCGUCCUUUGAGGGGAUAACAUAAAACUUAAGUCUUGUUUCCAUUUAAAAGAGAUUAAAUGAUGUGAUAUAAAUUAUUUAUUGAACUCAAUCCAAGGUCUGUUUUUUGUUCUUUCUCAUAGUCCCUCAAAAUUAAAGAUCCUAAUUGAAAAACUCAAAAUCUGUUAAUCUUGAGUAUUCUUUCUUUUUCACCCUUUCCUAUCAUAAUUAACUUUUGGCUGAAAAUGAGGUAACUUUAAAAAUUAUAUCAAAGUUGCUCAUAAAAUGGCUUUUCAUUUUCAAAUCUUCACAUUGCUGAUAUGUUCAUUUCCAAAUCUUUUAAUGUUGUUGACAUUUGCCACUACUUUUAUUUAAAAUAUUUUUUUUAAUCCAUAAGUGUUAAAGUGUAAACUUUUUUUCAAUAUGAUAUAGCUUAUUGUUGGUAAUUUAUUUUACAAUCAACUUUGAAUACAUGCAUCUGUGGGUCCAGGUCUAUGCACAAGUUUUAUAACUUAAAGAAAUGAACUAAAUAAUAUUGUUUCUACUUUGAAUUGAAAUGAAUAAAUGCUACAUUUUCUGCAAAAUGGAACUUCAUUUUGACAUCCUUUGAAGUUGCAGGACAAGUGAUUUUGUUAAAAUUUUUGUGGUGACUAAAUACUAUUAACCCUCUUUAAUCAUACCAAUAAAAUAUUUCUGCCUUAAUGUUUCCUCUUUUUACCCAAAAGAGAAACUUUAGAGAAUGGUUUUCGGGAGGAGGGAAGUAGAGCUUAACUUUCUAUUACCUGUUUGUGAAGUGUUUCAACUAAAAUAUGCUGUUACAACAGUCAUUGUAUGACAUUUUUUCUUUUUCACCUAAAGGAGAAACAAAGGAGAAAAAACGAAUUGCUGUGUUUUUAGCCAAGUAAUAAAAACUGGAGAAGCUUUAAUUUUUA